AUGUCAAGUUAUUUCUCAGGAUUUCAGCUAGAUAAGAUAAACUCAACCUUGAAUUCAGCAGCUCAAAAGACACAACAGAAACUCAACGACACCCAAGAACAACUAUUCCGUGCUAUUCAGAGCAUCAAUAUUGAUGAGACACAAACUAUACUAUCAUUAAAAACUCGUACACAUAAGUUACAGGAAACAUUAGGGACCAUUAAGGAUAUAUCAAAGCUUCCACCGCAAUACCAAUAUUUAGAGAAGAAAUGCGACACCUUCGAAAAAGCUUGUAAAAGGAUGCUGAUUGUUACUAAAACUUUCGAGGUCCCAGGAUAUGAUUAUCCUCCAAAUUUGACCGAAAGUUUAUCCAAUUGGUGGGAUUCUUCAACAAGGGAAUCGUUCUUGCCUUUUGGUAAGAAAACUAAGCAUGCUAGUCAGAAAGAACAGGAUGAAGACAAAGAAGAAGAAAAUAGUCCACCAUCGUUCCCCCAUGCUAUAGGAAAGGCCGCGAAGGAAUCUGCAAAUAUUAUUAAGGACUUGGGGCAUGAAUCUCUCGCGACAGGGGAUGAUAAUGCCAGAAAUGAAGAAGACGAAGACGAAGACGAAGACGUCGAUGCCGUAACUAAAAUGUUCCAAUCAUGGGCCACUUCUCAAUUCAAAAUUCACAAGGGAAAGCAAGAAAUGGACAAGUUUGUUGCAAAAGAAUUCAACAAGAAAUUAGAAGAGCUAAUUGAAGUGGAGUUUAAAAAAGUACAUGCCUUACGCUCUUCUGUUGAGGAAUCAAGGCUCAAAUUUGACACACUAAGACAUGAGAUAAAAACCGCUGCCGCUUCUAAUGCAGGUGCAUCAGGAGAACAGGAUAAAUCCGUUGAUGAAAGCGAAGAUGCAAAUAAGAGCAGCUCAGAGCCCGUUUCGCAGCCAGCUGCUUCGGCCGAGGAUACCGAGCUAAACGAAUUAUUAGAAAAGUACGAAGAUGAGUUUGUCUCUAAUACAUCAGAAGCCGUUGAACUAAUGUUACGAAUUACUGAUUCCGCAAAGUUGGUAACAUUAGUAAAACUAUUCCAUAACUUCCAGUUGCAUUACCAUAAGCUCUGUGUUCGUGAAAUUCAAAGUAGUUUGGAUUUCCUGGGUGAAUUGGGUGUUGAUGAAGAAUAA